AUGAGAGGUAUCAAAGGAGCGAUAUCCGUCGCCAGAGCCUUAAAAGCCAACUCCACCACCGCAACCACCCUUCGACCGCCGCGAGCAGCUCCAUAUCUCACAACCUGCUGGACUUCUUCCGACCCUCGGAAUCUCGUUGAUCGCCACGACCUAUCAACUUCCCUAGUUCUUCGAAGCAACGCGGUAGGCUUCAUGUAUCAUUACAGUUCUAUCACUGCCAAAUCUCUGGCGGAGCAAGAAGUGGUUCUCUUUCAGUAUGAAGCUUGCCCCUUCUGCAACAAGGUUAAAGCUUUUCUAGAUUAUUAUGAUAUUGAGUACAAAGUGGUGGAGGUUAAUCCGAUGAAUAAGAAAGAGAUCAAAUGGUCGGAUUACAAAAAGGUUCCUAUUGUCACUGUUGAUGGUGAACAAUGGGUUGAUUCUUCAGAUAUAAUUGAUGAAUUGAUCAAAAGGAUACGUCCGAAUUAUGACCUAGAUAAUGAUGAAGAGAAGAAGUGGCGCCGGUGGGUGGAUAAUCACUUGGUGCAUGUUUUGUCGCCAAACAUAUAUCGAACUGUUUCGGAAGCUCUUGAGUCAUUUGAUUAUAUCACCACUAAAGGCAAUUUCAGUUUAUAUGAGAGGUUAGUGGCAAAGUAUGGUGGGGCUGCUGCUAUGUAUUUUGUGUCGAAGAAAUUGAAGAAGAGACACAAUAUCACUGAUGAGCGUGAAGCAUUGUAUGGAGCUGCUGAACAAUGGGUUGAUGCGUUGAAGGGCCGAGAAUUUCUUGGUGAUUUGGAACCUAAUUUAGCAGAUCUUGCUGUCUUUGGUGUUCUAAGACCUAUCCGCCACCUCAAGUCAGGUCGAGAUAUGGUAGAGCAUACAAGGAUUGGAAGAUGGUUUUCUAAGAUGGAAUAUGCAGUGACAGGCAUCGUGAAUAAUUGA